AGACAAUAGUAAAGCUUUGGGUCAUGAACACGAAGUCACUUGGCACUUUAUCGCAGUUCAGCAGGCAACAUUAAGGUGUAUCACGUGGGGUUCGGGGUUGUCUGCGCAGACGUGAUAUGUUUUGGUCCACUUCCGCCCCUCAUCUUCCCCCAAGCUCACAGGGGUCCUGACUUUCUUUCUUUCCUGUCUUCCCAUACAGGCGCCCUGUUUGGCAUUCCUUGGUCAUUUCUACCUCCAACUUGCGAUCGUGGACUUCAACUUAUUGGUUUCCGCACCUGAUACCCCCCACCGGUCUCCAGAAAGCCACAUCGCCGUCAUCGUGACCCUCCUUUCGAACAGCCUCCCAAUACAAACACCAGCAGCUGCAGUGGAGCUCAGAGGACUACUGUGGGCUGCUGGGUUCCUCCGAGUCGAAACCCACACCUUGACCGCCUCCCUAUAGCCUAACGCUCGCCUCUCAAGGAAAAAAAAUAAAAUUAAAGAAGGAAGCUCUCCGCUUGUUCUCUAUCCGGCAUCAGACCCUUUUCUUCUCCCUGCCCGAAUUUUUUGUAUUUCUUAGUGGGGCAAUCCAGGCCCUUGCACCUUCGUCGGACUCUUCCUCUUCAUAGUACGGCCCACCUGUUACCCCUCCCACAAUGCCUUGUUUCAAGGGUCUCGCCGUGAGCAUCCAUACGCCUGAUGGGCCGAUUUCAGAGUAUUCGAUUCAACGCCAGUCCCGAGCUUCGCGGAUAGCUUGUUUCAUCCCCGUCCCUCCACCCAAACUCCCCGAAUCGGGGACCGGCAAGGCGGAACAAUCAACCUUUGCUAUUUCAAUCACCCUCCUCAACCCCGGCCAAGAUGUUCCCUACUCAACCCCAAAGCCGACCGCAGACACUCCCUCGCCGAAACCAAAGGUCGUCGGUGGGUUGCCCGGUCAGACCGGUGAUCGUGGUCAAUACUCCGGAGCGGUCGCACCCUACCAGGCCCUGACGAACUCGCCGAACGAGACUGUUGCUGCAUACAUCUACUUUGACGGCAGGCAAAAGGAAGAAGUGGCUACACUGCUGCGAAGGGGCGAAGAGACCUGGGUCAACUCGCGCUGGGUCAGUGUGCCGAACACGGAAGGCGGGGGGAUUGCCGAGCGUGAAUUCCUGUUCCGCGAGGUUGGUCUGGAACGCUGGCUGAAUGGACUAGAUUUGGAAGGUAAGGAUGCGGCAGCCAAGAUUGAACGGCGCCGGCAAAAGAUGGAGAAGCGACGCAUAAAGCGUGAGGCCGAGGAGGGUGAGUCCGCCAUGGAGAUGGAGGCCAACCACCCCGCCAAGGCCAAGAGCAUUAUGCGAUACGGAAAUGAUGAGAAGUCGCCUCUUGAGGAUGUUUCGGACGAUGAUUUGUCUUCCGACUCUGACGACGACGACCCUAUUCCGGAGACAGCGGGACAGAUCAAGGUUGCUUUGUUCCGAGUCCUGGCUUCGGGAGAGAUCAAACGUGGAGAAUACUCGCCUCAGUUUGAUGCACAUGACGACGAGGAGGGUGGUGGAGAGAACAAUGGCGGUGGUGAUGCCGAUGUUGACCACACGACGAGUUUCGCCAAACCCAAAACACUCGACCCUAAGACAAUUAGCACGCAGACAGUCACUGGCAUUGACCCUACUGAUAAGCCCUAUGCAAUUUUUACUUUCAUGUAUCGAGGCGAACGCCAACUGCAAAAGAUGGGCAUCUUGAAAGAUUGCAAGGCACCCGAAACGCCUGCUGCCACGAAGCGCAAGUCACUACAAGCGGAUCUCGCAAAUCUUGGACCUAUCAAGGCUGGCGGAUCUGUUGGAUUCCUCAAUUUCCGGGAAGAAGCCAAGCUGCGCAAGGGCAAGAAGAGCGAAGAUGACAUGGAUAGCGAUGACGAUGAUACGGACAAUCCCAUUCUUGGAAAAGCCGACGAAGAAGAAUCCAAGGAUGACGAACGUUUCUUGUCUCCGGAUGAUAUUAAACGCCAGGGAGAGCUGGCAGAGAGCAUGCGAAAGAUUCGGCUGAAGCGUCAACAUUCGGCCGAACCACCUGGAGGCAGUGCCGGAGAUUCUACAGAUACCCCGGCUUCUGGAUCCGGAUCUACGCCCCCGGCCGAACGCUCAACAACACCACCCAAGGGCGCCGCUACAGCACCAGCGCCUUCCGACUCUCAACCCGCCGCGGAGUUGUCCGAUGGGCUCUUUGGCAGUCCAUUGAAGAAGCAACGUGCCAGUGUCUCGACAGCAGAUGAAAACGCCCUGAGACGUCGAAUCGCCGAGUCCUCUGGUCGAAUCAACGAAGUUCUGGGGUCUUCAGCUCCCGAGUCGAAGUCAACUUCCACCGCGACAUUCGGAGACAGUCUCAGUCUCACACCUGAGAUGUCAGCAGGACCUCCCGUUGAAGAGGAACUGUAGAUCAAUGAAACAAGGGCGAAUAUGCUUUUGCUGUUGAGCUCUGGAAAGCACUCGUAUUUGCCAGGGGUUGAGUUGGGACAUUUUCGCCAUAUACCUAGCCAUGUGAAUGCUGUUGCUUUCUUUUACAAUUACGCCGUUAUGUCCACUACCCACACUACAGGGAGCAUGCCGAAGGAGAAUAUAUUUGCUGCAUCUAUUCAGAGCAGC